AGAUGCAGACCCUGGCUUUCUACCAGCAGUGGCAAAACAGUUCCUUCUGCCUAUCCCUCCUCACGGACCCCAGUCUGCCCUUCAGGCUCCAGGCCACGCUGACAGCCAGCCCAGGUGAGGACAGUUGCCUUCCUCUCCAUCUCAGAGGCAGUCCCUUCAUAAGAAGAUCUGAAAUACUUGAAGCGUAUCAGAGGAGCCAUUAUGUCCCUGUCCUCCAGCCUAAAGAGUCUCCUCACCGUCUGUGUCCUCGCUGCUUUCGUUGCCAGCACUGUGGAAGAGGAAUGUGAAAUGUGUACAAUGUGAUCAACAGUGUAACGAGGAGAAAACUUGUGAUUCCUCUCAUGGCUGCUUCAGCAAAAAGAAGGAAUUUAAUACGACAGUCUUUCGCAGAAGAGGAAAGACUAAACACACGGAGUGGGGACCUGCAACCCUUUAAUGCUGGCUGCCCACUGGGCAUCACUGCCUCUGGCGCAGAGAGAAAAUUCUUGGGGUUGGUUCUGUGCAGGGCUGCCGCCCUAUACUAUCCUGCAGAAAGGCUGUUCUUCAAGCAAGUGUGAGCCACGGGCCUUCUCGGUGACACUGGGGGAUAACCACACAUAUGGGCUAGACUUCCAAGUGGCUCGGAAGUCCUCGGAUCCCAAUGGCAUUACCUGUCCUGCCUGCUACAACGAGAAUGGUGCUACCUGCCAACCAACUGACCUCGCCUGUAAAGGGGAAGAGACAAAGUGUCUUAACUUUAUAGGCACAGUUAAUGACACCAUAUUAUUAUUUGGUAUGGGUUGUGCAACUGAAACUGCUUGCAACUUGAAGGAUGAGGAGACGAUAAAUAACAUAAAAAUCCGUACCUACUGUGUAGGCAGCAGUAAUGGAAGCCUUCAGCUGACGUCCAUCAUCUCAACAAUUCUGACUGCUCUCUUUCUGCUGAAAGUCUUGAUUUGAUCUCUGAGGCACUUCUAAGGCCAUCUACAAACAUUUCCAAGCACUUCUAUAAACCUGAAGAAGUUGGAGACCUUGAAUGUCUCCCUCCCCCAAUACUGCCUACCCACAACAUCAGAGAAUUAAAAGGUUGAUACGUCCAGAAGUA